AUGCACUCAAAGAGUGGCGCAAAAUACGGGCACUGGUUCACGAUCCACUACAUCCAGAUCUACGCGAAGCACUUCGGCUCUGCAUACCACAUGGCGAACGAGGGCAGCUGCUACCCCGCCAAGACGUUCGGGUCCACCUCCGCCAACACGUCCACCAUCACGGGGGAGGUCCUGGAGAGGGGCUACUUCUGGUAUGUCUCGCCGAACAGCGGCGGCGACGGCUCGCUGUCACAGGAUCCGAGGGCUGGUGCCACCUUUGUCGCGCCGGGCCCUUCGACGGCUCCAGCUUUCUCGAGCACUGGCGCCGGGCGGGCAGGCCCCUGGAGCCGCGGGCUCUGCAGGCCGCCCUGCAGGCCGCCACGGAGCAGUGAGACGCUCACGGGGCAACGACAUCGAUAUCUUAUGGACAUGUGUAGGCGCUGA